AUGGCUUCCACUAUUCCUCUUUCGGUAGCCAUUUACGAAAACCCUGGCAUCAUGCACUGGAGCCUCUACCUUGAAGCCGACAAAAAUGACGACAAGACGAUCAUUCACGUCCUUGGUGCGCGUCAGAAGUAUUUCCCCAACGUAAGGACCCCGUCGGACGCCCGCAAUUCGACUUCCCUUAUCGAGCUUCUGUACCUUUGUCAAAUUGAUGUGACCAAGGUCGAGACCAUCAAAAGCAUCGCAUACGCUACCCCCAUCCGUAAUGAGUUGGCGGAUUGGAGCUGCCAGGAUUAUGUCCUCGAUAUCUUGAGACGGCUUGAGCGUGCAUUGAUUCUUAAUGCAACAGACGGCAACUACAUUAGGAACAAAGAGGUGGUCGCUGCAAAACGCGAGUCGUGGGCGUAA